CACGCGCAGCCAGGCCAGUUGACCAGUCUGUUCCAGGGUUUAGAGCAUCAGUCCACUUCCCAUCCUCACUGGUCACAGUUCAUUCCUGAAGAAAAGGAAGACCUGAGUCAUUCUUGGGGACCCCAUACCUAUGACAUCUGGAGAAAGACACCUGCCACUUACUCUCCUGGGUCUCCGCAGGCGGUGAAGUCCGUCCAGUUGCUGUGUGCCCUGGACACCUGGAGUCCACCUCUUAUGCACUCCAGCACCCCCAUCAGCUCCCUCUUCUCCUUCACCAGCCCAGCCGUGAAAAGGCUGCUAGGCUGGAAGCAAGGAGAUGAAGAGGAAAAGUGGGCCGAGAAGGCUGUCGACUCUUUGGUGAAGAAACUAAAGAAGAAGAAAGGGGCCAUGGAUGAGCUGGAGCGGGCCCUCAGCUGUCCCGGGCAGCCCAGCAAGUGUGUGACCAUCCCCCGCUCCCUGGACGGGCGGCUGCAGGUCUCCCACCGAAAGGGGCUGCCACACGUCAUCUACUGCCGGGUGUGGCGCUGGCCGGAUCUCCAGUCUCACCAUGAGCUGAAGCCCCUGGAGUGCUGUGAGUUCCCAUUUGGUUCCAAGCAGAAGGAGGUGUGCAUCAACCCCUACCACUACCGCAGAGUGGAGACUCCGGUGCUGCCUCCCGUCCUGGUGCCGAGACACAGCGAGUACAACCCCCAGCUCAGCCUCCUGGCCAAGUUCCGUAGUGCCUCCCUGCACAGCGAGCCACUCAUGCCGCACAACGCCACCUACCCCGACUCCUUCCAGCAGCCCCCCUGCCCCGCCCUCCCUCCCUCGCCAGGGCAGUUCUCACAGUCUCCCUGUGUGGCCAGCUACCCGCACUCCCCCGGAAGCCCUUCCAAGCCAGAGAGCCCCUAUCCACACCCAGACUUCAGGCCCGUCUGCUACGAGGAGCCGCAGCACUGGUGCUCGGUGGCCUACUACGAGCUCAACAACCGCGUGGGCGAGACCUUCCAGGCGUCCUCCCGCAGCGUGCUGAUCGACGGCUUCACCGACCCCUCCAACAACAGGAACCGGUUCUGCCUGGGGCUGCUCUCCAACGUGAACAGGAACUCCACCAUCGAGAACACCCGCAGGCACAUAGGAAAGGGCGUGCAUCUGUACUACGUUGGCGGAGAGGUCUACGCUGAGUGCGUGAGCGAUAGCAGCAUCUUUGUGCAGAGCCGGAACUGCAACUACCAGCACGGCUUCCACCCCGCCACAGUGUGCAAGAUCCCCAGUGGCUGUAGCCUCAAGAUCUUCAACAACCAGCUCUUCGCCCAGCUGCUGGCUCAGUCCGUUCACCAUGGCUUCGAAGUCGUGUAUGAGCUGACCAAGAUGUGCACCAUUCGCAUGAGUUUUGUGAAGGGCUGGGGAGCCGAGUAUCAUCGCCAGGAUGUCACAAGCACGCCGUGCUGGAUUGAGAUUCAUCUUCAUGGACCCCUGCAGUGGUUGGACAAAGUUCUGACGCAAAUGGGUUCCCCACACAACCCCAUCUCGUCUGUGUCCUAACGAUGGCCAGGCCA